GAAAGUUCUGUACGAAAAUAUUAUUUCUAAAUACGAUUUGAAAGUGCCCCCUGGUAGGCUUACCUUGGAGUUUGGGUCUCUGGAUCAAAAAAGGUUGAAAACCCGUGUUCUUUGAGCUCGAAAUAUUUAUCUGUCUUUUAGUAUUAUAUGAAAUGUCCUGUCUAAAGCAAAAAUUCUGUUUUCUAUUCCAUGUAGCCUAUUUAUAAUUCGUAUAGUCAAAUGAUGAUUCAAGUGAGUGUUCAUUAGUCGCCUAAUACGAAUUAGGCUUUGAAAUGGAGAAUUCCUAAUCGUAACGAUGGAGAUACUUACGAUCACUGAAAAUUAUUUAUGUAUAAUUCCAUAGUAGCCUAUACGAACGACUACAUUUAGGGGUAAAAAUUGUCAUGUGGGUAAUCAAUUUAGUUGUUUUUAUUUUAUUUAUAUUUUUAACUUCGGCAUUUGAUACCGGGCUGCUGUAGAUUAUCAUCGUUUAAUCGCAUUUUCCUACCGUUUUACUUUGCAGUAAACUUUUUAACUGUACCAGACCCGAUGGCGAGUCUCUGAGUCUAACUGGGAAGAUUCACUAGCCUAAUUGUUUCCUCUCUCCAUUAAGUCCUAAAGUUCAAAAACAUGGUAUUGUUCACGUCAAUGAUUCAAGGCAAUGACAGAUCACCUUCAGAUCCCUAGGUUGUUGACAGUAGAACCCCGAAUAACUAGCCUAUGUACGUUGCAUAUUUAACAUUCAGCCAAAAACGGCAUGAAUAAAUGUUUACUUGUCACCCCUCUAGAGAAAGCGUGCUUUUUGGCUUGGGUCAGAAUCCCUCGCGCUGUAUAAUGUUUACGCAGAAUUGACAUUCUUCUCUUUAACGCUACAAGUCGGCGCUGAUUGCGGAAGUGUUUGCAGUUCGUGUGGCAGGAAAAGGUCAGCAAGCUAAAGCUAAUGUGUAACCGGGCCGUAUGAAUGUCUUUUGACACGAUUCAUUAUUUUAACCUCAACGAUCGAACUGUUGCUUCUUAUCGAUACUGCACGGAAAAGUAUUUUCACGUCGCUUUUAAAGAACAGUAAUAAUAGAACAUUAGGCUAUAUUACUGCAAUGGCCAUGUCGAAAUGCAACCGUUUAUGUGGUUCCUUGACAGGGGAAUUGCUCGAUUCCUUAGAGAACGUUCUUUUCGAUUGCGAUGGGGUCAUUUGGCGAGGAGAUCAAGCUAUCCCCGGAGCCCCAGAUGUCAUUAAUUCGUUAAAGAAAAAUGGAAAGCGAGUCUUUUUCGUAACCAAUAACAGCACUAAAACGAGAAGAAUGUACGCCGAUAAACUGGCUAAAAUGGGAUUCAACGCCACCGAAGAGGAAGUCUUCGGCACAGCAUAUUGUUCAGCAAUCUACCUGAAGUCCACAUGCAAACUGAAGGGUAAAGUGUACCUGAUUGGUAGUAAUGCAAUGAAACAGGAGCUCCUAAAUGUGGGGAUUGAACAAGUAGGCGCAGGUCCAGAUCCAAUUACAGGGGUUCAGAUCGACUGGGCCAAUGUUCCUUUGGAUCCUGAAGUAAAAGCCGUUCUGGUUGGUUUUGAUGAGCACUUCAACUAUAUGAAAUUAAACCGAGCACUUCAGUACCUCAACAACACGGAAUGCCUGCUCGUUGGUACUAACACUGACACUCGGCUGCCAUUGGAAGGAGGCAAAGCCGUCCCAGGGACAGGCUGUCUGCUCAAGGCAGUGGAGACUGCAGCCCAGCGCAAGGCCCAUGUGGUAGGGAAGCCGAGCCAUUUUAUGUUCGACUGUUUGGCCAGCCAGUACGGUUUGGAUCCUGCCAAGACCUUGAUGGUGGGGGACAGACUGGACACUGACAUUCUGAUGGGGUCCAAUUGUGGCCUGAAGACGCUGCUGACCCUCACUGGAGUGUCAACUGUAGCUGAUGCCAUGGAGCACCAGAAGAGUGGCUGCCCAGACCGCCUUGGUAUGGUGCCUGAUUACUUUGUGGAGACCAUUGCUGAGCUCUUGCCAGCAUUGCAGGGGUAGACCAUGACUUGAGAAAAUUUUAUUGGAAGUAUGCACUGAAAGAAAUGGAACAAAUAUAGAAAACUAGAUAUGUCUUUUAAAAUCUGAAUAAGGAUUGCGGUUUUACUUUAAAAUUAAUUUGGUUAGACAAAUAUUGGUUGGAUAAUCUAUCACUCAAGUAACAAAGUGUUUUAGAGCGAACAUGGCACGUAGGUUGAAGGUUACUUUAUUAGAGAGGUAGGGUUUUUAAUAAUAUGUUUCAUGGGGGAUCAUGUGGUGAUUGAAUUUUAUGGAAACACAACAGCUUGCCUGAACGUAAUGAGGAUUGGGGACAGCAGCAAUUGGGUUCGCGACAGCAGUAAUCAGUUGUUUAAAGGGAUAGUUUACUUUCUGUCUUUAUUUCAUAUUAUUUCAGUUCAGUGUAUGUUGUUGAUUGGCCCAGGUGGUUUUUGUGUGCAAUAAAGGACAUUUUAGAUACUUACGUUUUUGCUAACUAGCCUGAUGGCAAUGACUGGUAUCGGGGCAUUCAGUGGUUCAUGGUCUAAAUCAAGAAAAUACUACAAUACAAGUAACUCCAAAGCAGCUUGUAUUGUGAAUUUGUGUUUCCAGAGGCUGUACAUAUGAACAGGGUUGUAAAAUAAUAGCCUUUAUUCACAAUUAUAAAAGUGGAUAUCAAUGUUUAUAUUGUGCCAGUACUACUGUACUUCCCUGCUCAGUUCUCAAACGGUGCAAGCUCUUAAAUGAGUCAUGUAGUAAUGUUGAUAGUGGCAGCCAUAACAGUUUGAGUGUAGCAGUCUCAAGUUACAAAUUUGAAAUAAGAUGAAGUACAAUUUCUUGAAGAAUAAUGGGGUAAUAUUUAUAGACAUACAAUCUCCAAAGGUAUAACUUUGCUGUAGAAGAAGUUUGGAGUUUCUUGAAGUGUGUUUUCUUGCUUUAGACCUCAAAUCCUUAAUGCCCCAAUGCCAGCCAUUGUAAAUCCAGCAGGUCAUCAGAAAGCUGGAUGAAUAUCUGAAUCAUCUUUCAUUGCAUGCAAAAAAAAUUGUCUGGCCCUAUUAAAGGUGUAUACUAAAACAGAAAUAAUAUUUUAAAAACCCAGAAAGUGAUCCAUUCCUUUUUUCUAGUAUUUUUUAGUGUGACUGUCCUCUCUGUUCAAAAAAGCCUUAAAAGGACAGGGUUGUAGUUUUCCCGUUCUAAGUGGGCCAGUAUUCCCAAUCUGAGUCCUUUUUUAAUUUAUUUUGAUGAAAAAGAUGUUUUGUCUGCAAGGGAAUGUUACCCCUUACAAAUAGCAGUUGUGUCACAAUGGGAAACAUUUUGUGGAAAAACAAUUUUCAUCUCCAUCUCUUGUUUUUUGGUUAUUUAUUAUUAAUGUCUCCACACUUCUGUGGUGUACCGUCAACACACUGUUUUGUAUUGUUUGACAGAAACAAUGCAAGGACAAUAUAAUUCAAUGCACAGAUCUGAAGGGUCUCAUUUUAGGUUCUGUGUGUACAAUUUUACCAAUGCAGACAGAAAGCUUGCUUGUUUUUAACUACCUCCAUUAGUGUUAUGAGUACACAAAAUACAUGCUUGCCCAUUUCUUCACAAAUCUUACAUGGAUAACAUACUCUCAACUUUUGGCUGUGUUAAUGUUGUUUGCAGAUGCAGUGUAUUGGACUGAAUGUGGAUGUAGCAUUUCAAAAAUAUAAUCCUUCUUACCCCUGACACACACACACAAAACGAUGUACCUUGUUCAGAUAUACCAAUUACGGAGCUGGAGCUUACUUGAGGAAAGCUCCAGCUCCGUAAUUGCAUAAGUAUUGAUGUUUAACACGAAGCCAUUGUGGAGCAAUGUUCAUUUGAGACAUGCAGAUUAGCAUUUUUUUAGAGAAACAAAUAAACAAAUGGUUGUACUUUUCAAUAUGCAAAUUUUAAUGUGUGGCAAUGUAUCAUGGUAUAUUAAUAUUUUCAUGUUUGACUUUUGGCAGGGUACAGAACAGCAAUGACGAUAAAUAAUAAUAAUAAGAAAAAUUUAUAUAUGUGUAGCACUUUAUACAAAAAGCAGCCUGUCAUACAAAAUAUAAACUUUAAAUGGUGAUAAUCAAUAUAGCCCCAUAGAGCUGACAGACAGGUGCCUAUAGCCCGUCUUAUCACUGCUAUGCUAAUGACACCUUUUUUCUCCUUUCACCCAUCUAAUACACUGGUCUUAGCACAUAUUUGAUCAAACUUACAAGGAAUUUCAAACCACCCCCUGAAGUGACUUUCAGUCACCUUGGAUGGUGCCACAGUGUUGCCCUCCUUAACUACUAGGGAUCUCAGUGGUACUGGGCAGAAAAUUGUUGCUCUCUGAGAACAUCACAGUGGCCUGUCGGGCAUGCAGAUUCUUCAUGUAAAACAUCAUGAGAAUCCCUCAUCGUCCGCUCCUCCUUGCUGGUCUCUCCGCCUCCCCCAUCAGACCAUUGUGCUUAUCCAGAACACUGCUGCACCCCUGAUCUGCAAGUUCCCAAAUCUCAGCCAUGACACUAGCCUUCUCAGUUCUGUCCAAUUGCUGCUUGCAUGGGCUUGUGUGAAAUUUAAAACUUAAAAAAGAAUUUUAAAAACCAGCCUGGGUGCUUGUUGCAAUGUAGGCUUGCUCUGUUAAAUGACUGUGACAUAAUUAUAUGUAGUGUCCGAUUUAAGUACUCAAAAGAAAAAAGGGAAAGUUCUAUAUUUAAAGUUUGUUGGAACUUUUUAUACUUGUAUUUCUGACUUGGCAACAAAAACAUAGACCUAGGUUACUUCUUGACCAUAAUCCUGUCUGCCUUCAUGACUGUUUAACGUGAAAAAAUCCAUACGUGCAUGUUAUGCAUAUAUAGAGAGCACAUAUAUAUAUAUAUAUAUAUAUAUAUAUAUAUAGAGAGAGAGAGAGAGAGAGAGCAAGCAUUUAUACUGUACCUCAUUUAAAUAGGAAGGUUAAAAUGACACAGAUUAUACCAUUUGCAACCUAGGAAUGGAUCAAUAAAUAUACUCCAUUAAUACAGAAUAUAAAACGAUACAUGCUGUAGAUUCUGUAUUGAUUAUGCUAGCUACACAGAUAUUUCAGGGAGAUACUUGAGAGUUAGGCAUUAAAAUGAUAAAUUAUCUGUUUUAUAGUUCUGUUUAUAGUGUUUUAUCCAAAGAGAACUUGAGUCAACUGCCAUGCUACCAUGAAACCAGGACUUCAGAAUACAUUGUUUGUGUUGUUUUCCGCUACAGAACUUGCUACCAGUGCAUUUUCUCACACAAGGUCCAAACAUAGCAAGGCUAAACAGUCCUUCCAGCUUAUCAAACUUUCAGGCUCAUCACAUACUGUGUAAUGGAGCUAAAAAUCACUUUCUUUGCUGUCACAAAUUUUGUCCAAGUACUGUAUGUAAUAGAAAGCUGUUCACUAUUAAUGUCCAAAUGUACCUUCAGUGUAAUACUGUAGAUGUUAAUUAUGCAUGUAAUUCUCAUUGUUGAAGUCUAUAUUUACUAAAAGACGAUGUCAUUUUACUCUCAGUGUGAAUUGUUGAAACAUAUGAAGUGGGAAAAUGGAUUUCAGAUGUUUGCACACCUGAAAUGUCCACAGAUCAUAAUUUCUCAUACUGUGAAAACAAAGUUUACUUCCAAAAUAACCUUAGCUAUAACUACAAAUGACAUGAGUAUGGACAUUAAUGUUGCCAGUUUCUAGGUCAUGAAUGGUUAAUUAAAUAUGUUUUUCGUUGGCAGUAAAAACAGGCAAUAAACCAGUUUUUGAAACGGC